UUCACUAUAUAUGAAUCACCCUUCUGAUGAAAGGUCCAAAGGAAGCCUUUGAAAGUGUUGUGAGUGUGUUGGAAAGAUUGGAGAGCGCAAUUGAUCUUCGGGGUACUUCUUCAUACCCAUGAUGAAGAGGUUAAUCUCUGUUCAGAGGUUUAUUUGGUUGAGUGCAGCAUUGGCAUGUUUACAACAGUAUUGUAUAGAUGUAUGAGUAGAAGCAAGGUCGUUGUUCAUGGCAUAUCAUUGGGAGAUAACAACAAUAUCCCCUCAGAUCUAUGGAGUUUUGGGUGUGCCACCCCAUCACUACCGGCGACCAACACCACCACCGGCUCCACCUCUGGCGACCACACUCUGCAAUUAGAAUACUGUUGGAUUCAGAAGUGCCUGGAACUGUUAUUUUGCCGUUUUGUUGCAGCAAGAGCUAUCUUAUGGGCAAUGGGAUUCUGAAAGCUUGAUUGAAUUUGGGGGAGGAUGUUUCAAUUUCUACGUGUGGGACAUAUCAUGGUGACACUAUUGUCCAGAACGAGAACAUUGAGGCUUCAAAAGAGGGCGAAACCCGGAAGCUGAAAGGGAUAUGGAUUCAUCCUCGGUUCCUUCAAGUUCCUCCAAAUCAAAGCUGAUUGUAAAGUUGAGUCCACAUGGCUUGGAUGGAAGUUCCAGCACACGCUUUGUUUUCUGCAAGGUGGAACUACUGCCAGAAGAUGAAGAAGAAGAGGACAAGGAAGAGGAUGAAGAAGACAUACAAAAUCUCCAGCAACUUAACAUAGCAUUAAGGUGUUUUGAUGAUGCAUGUAUGAAGCUUAAUAUCAUGUUGGAUGUGAUUGAAAAACAUCAAAUGCUUCGGAGCAUCGCAGUUACAGAUAUUAUGAACCAAGGGAAGAUUGUUGUGCCUGGCGACCGGAUUGCUGAGCUGAGAGACUUCGAAAAGGCAAAACUGUUAAUGCCCAUAAUGGAGUAAACUUUCUAUUCAAGUUUUUGUCAUCUACCAUCCUUGCAUUUGCCCAAAUCUGAGUUCCUGAUGGAGAGACUGAUCUGGUUUACGUAAGAUGUGUUAAUCCAAGUUGUGUUGACGAGGGUGAUGAUGUCAUGGAUGAUGAUAUGUUAGCAGGCUCUUUUGAUGGCGAUGAAGGAGGGGUUUUUAGUGAAGCUGUGAAAGAAAUAUUGGCAUUCCACAAAAAUAAGAUGGAUACCGGACAGGUAACUAAGUGGUAGAUGAGGUUGCAGCAGCUGGUCAAAGCAAGUAAGCCAUUGGCCUUUGGUUUCAGUAGAUUCAGCUUUGGAAUUACUGAAUAUGCCAUUUUAGUUUCUUUUCAGAACAUCAAGAGGUCUACCCGUAGAUCGGUUGAGGAUUGGGACUACAACAAAAUUGUUAGUUGCGUCAGGUGUUAGCACUAUCCAUGAAACUUUAUGCUUAGUGUAUAAGUAUGAAGUAGGGUGUGAUGAAGAUUAUAGUUUUCUUUGCGUCAUUAACCACAAAAACAAAGAUUAUAGUUGUGCCUAGGGAUUUCGGUUGUUCUUUCACCGAGGAGGCUAGGACAACCCUUCAUGAUGUUGUUUUGUUGUUGUUCACAAAAAUUGAAUGUUUCUACGAGAUAGAGACAAGAUCGUUGUUCAUUGCAUUUCAUUGAGGGGGCCAUUUCCCUCAGUUUGUAUGUUUUCUCAUUCAGUUUAAUGUGCACUAAACGUCGAUUGGAUUAUGAGCUAUUUAAAUAGGUUAUUAUGUUGCAAA